AUGGCCAACACAUACCAUGAACGAUUCUCAAGUUUUCUAAAUUGUUCAAUCCGCCAUCAUAAAAAUGGCUUCACUGCCACCUUCUUCUCCGGCACAUCAGUGAACCGCCACAAGCCAGAGCUGAUCUCCCCGUCGCAGGCGACGCCACGCGAACUCAAGCCCCUCUCGGACCUGGACGACCAGGAGGGGCUUCGCUUUCAGUUUCCCUUCCUUUUCUUCUAUCCCAACAGCCCCCCAAUAAGAGGCCGAGAAGACCCGGCGAGAGUCGUCAAGGAAGCGCUCGGGAAGGCGCUCGUGUACUACUACCCGUUGGCCGGGCGUAUCCGGAAAGGGCCGAACCGCAUGCUCGCAGUGGACUGCACCGGCGAGGGGAUCCUGUUCGUCGAGGCCGACGCCGACGUCAGCCUCGAGGAGCUCGGCGACUCCAUGAGGCCGCCGUGCGGCUUUGUGGACGAGGUGUUGUGCGAUGUGGGCGGGUCCGGCGGCAUCAUUGGGUGCCCUCUCUUGUUGGUUCAGGUGACCCGUUUGAAAUGCGGGGGCUUCAUCCUUGGAAUCCGGCUCAAUCAUGCCAUUAGCGAUUCCCUUGGCCUCAUACAAUUCCUGAAGGCGGCUGCAGAACUCGCAAGAGGCGCACACGUGCCGUCAUGGCUACCUGUUUGGCAGAGAGAAAUCCUCUGCGCUCGAGACCCGCCGCGAGCGACGUGCAGGCACCCUGAGUUCGAGGAUGUGGUCGACGACGCCAGAAGCGCUGCCGUGACGUUGGACCCCAAGAACAUGGUACACAGAUCCUUCUUUUUCGGCCCGCGCCAAGUGGCGUCAAUCAAGAAAGGCCUCCCUCACCACCUGGUCUCGAGAUCCUCCACCUACGAGUUACUUACGGCAUGCCUGUGGAAGUGGGAAAAGUACUAA